AUGGCUGAUCUAACAAACUCCCAGAUUAUGCAGUAUGCUACAGACCUCAGGAUUCUCCUUGUUUUCCUUGAAAAAGCCAACCAACAGGUUUCUGCUCUAGAGUCCUACAUCCAGCGUUUGAGCCAGGGGACCUUCAGAUCCACACUACACGAUUCCCAAGCCAUCCACAACCUCACCAAGAAGUCUGUUGCCAAUGGCAUCAAGAGAGUUUACCUACAGCUCUCCACCCACAAAUGGGAGCAAGUCAAACAGUUGUAUGCCCUUGUCACCCAGCAGCUGGACUUGGAACAACUACCAGAACCACCCACCGUCAGUGCAGGAGAAUCAACAGAGAUGGACGAGAUGGCUUCUAUCACCACUCCAACUUUCUGUAAGCUCUAUAGGAGUGCUUGA